GUACAUUGUAGGGAAGUGGACACCUCUGAGCUAGCGACUUCUCCAGGCGGUGGGGUGUGCCUGGCCCAGCAAGUGCCUCCUUCAGCCGGCGAAACCAAUUUUCCAUCUCAAUGCCAAUUCAUCCAAUCAGCACGAGGUAGCUCUCGGUCGCGCUUGGCAGCCAGAAAAAAGUGAGGUCUCGUACCAAUAUUGCAAGGUCCUUUACGACGAUAAACGACCACACAUCACCAUGUUGCGCCCUAGAUUAAGGAUACCGCGGGCCGGCGCCUUACUGCGGCGGACAACCGUCGUCCGCCCGCUACACUCCGUACCCCAGCUCGACCAGUUCAAAGACGACAAGUCGGUACCGGGAUUACUCAGUCCCGCUGGUUACUCGACAGCCUGGACCGGGUACAUGAACCACGUUACGGACAGGCUGAACAGGCUGACAGCCGGAACCGAGUUCGAACAGGAAGAUACCUUGCCUAUCCUCAAGAGUGCCGCCCGCGACCCAGCACAAGCCGCAACCUUCAACUUUGCCUCGAUGGCGCAUAACAACCACUUCUUCUUCAAAAACCUAGUAAACCUACAAACCCUGUAUGAACAAACGGCCCAGUCAAAUGGCGAGUCGCAAGUAAUAGAUGUUGAGGGAUCUGAGGCGAGGAUUCCGCCCAGGCUGAAGAAGGAAUUAGAGAGGAACUUCAGCUCCAUCGAGACGCUGAAGAGAGAAAUUUUCGCCACAGCAAAGGCCAUGUUCGGCCCCGGCUUCGUGUGGCUCGUCCGGAACGCGCAGAGCCAGGAGCUGCGCAUCCUGAACACAUACCUGGCCGGAUCGCCCUACACGGCAGCGCACUGGCGGCGUCAGAACGUCGACUGGAACACCAUGUCCGCCAGCCGAUCGACCGCCUCCUCCUUCUUCGCACGGACAGCAGCAGGCGCCGGCAACACCACCGGCCAAUUCACCCAGCAGGCCCCCGGCGGUGUCGACGCCAUCCCUAUCCUAUGUCUGAACACGUGGGAACACGUCUGGCUCACAGAUUUCGGCAUUGAAGGAAAGGCGGAUUUCGUCGCGGCGUGGUGGGACGUCAUCGACUGGGACAAGGUGGAAAAGCUAGCCAUACCCGACCGUCGGGACGGUUUCAAAUAAAUAGAGGAACUAGGAAGAGGUGAAGAGAGGAAUAAAGGGGGAAUCUCACGCUAACUGUAAGAUAAUCAAGCGGCCUCUGUUCUUCUCCCUAUAUGGGCAGUAAGGGGGGAGAGGAGCUGUUGUGUCAUAUGGUAAACAUGUAAAUAUAUACAAAAGCAACCGAAUAAAUCCACCGUCCUCCUUCACCAUUGCUAUGGACUAUGCCUGCCUAUGCAGAAUGA